AUGCAUUUUUUAUUUCUUUUAGUUUGUCCUUUUGCAGUCGAUUUGGCUUUCUUGUUGGAUGCUUCUGGUAGUAUCGGACCCGAUAAUUACAAGCAAGUGAAAGCGUUUAUUAUCAAGCUCAUUGAAUAUUUCCCAGUCUCCAGCGCGGGUAAGAAAGUAGUGCUUGAGAAGUCUUUGCGAUCAUCAGUUUUUUCUCUAUUCUUAAGUCUCUCCUUAAUACGGCAUUUUUAUAGAGAAUAUUUUAAAAGGGGUUACAGACAAGAAAACUCAGUUUCUACCUGUUCCUUGAUUAUAUUUACAGGUACUCACGUGGGUGUGGUCAGUUUUAGUUCGAGCGCAAAAACAGAAAUUAUGUUUUCAGCCAAACAAAACGUGAAAGCAAUAAAGGCAUCGAUUCUGAACAUUACAUAUUACGCUGGCAGCACUCAGAUUGAUCUGGGACUCGAGGAGUGCCGUACGAAGUUGUUUGCUGCUGGCGGUGGAAUGAGAUCAAAUGUACCUCAAGUCCUGUUAGUAAUUACUGAUGGAAGAAGUACUGGUCAGUCCAUGCACGAAUUUCUUUAUUCUUAAAUUUUUUCGUAAUUUAACAUUCCUUUAUGGUUUUAACAGAAUCAUAGUAAAAUUUAUGCCGGCACUUUAUCGACAUUCAAACACGAUGCGAUAACUUACCAGCCUGUGAAUACGAAACUGUAGGGGUUUUUCCCGGCCUCCAAGUGUCUCUUGUAGAUCAUCGUAUCCAACACUCCGUUAAUUUUCCUUGAUGUAUUCUGUGAUGUAUUGUUCUUUAGGCUCAGUUGGUCUUCAGUAAAACGUAGCGGCCUACUACGGCACAAUAAAGCAGAGAUGUUGUCAGUUGUUAUUUGUGUGUUGUUUGGAAGCCUGUUGUUAAGAACAGAAUCGAAUUUUAGCCCUUAUCUGCAUUUCCUUAGAGCACAGAUUUAUCCAAAUCUUUGACAUCCUUGCAAUAUUCAAUCAAUUUUUCGUAUACGUUAGACAACUUUAAAAGCUUUCAUGCAAUGGACGCGAAAUAAAGAAAUAAUAUAAAGCAAUCAUUUUCACAUCAAUAGCUUCUCACUUAGCUUCGCUUUAAAUCAGAGGCUUGAGGCAGUUUGGAAUGGCCUUUAAAACAGAGGCUUAAGGGAAUGGUCUGCGGAGGUAACAGUCCGUACCAAAAUCCUUAUUGUCAAACAUUCAAUCAACAGGGUGCCCCAUUUAGUCUUGAGUAGUUCUUACCAUAUGAUUUUUUUAUCACACACAGGUGGACAUGCGGCGUCAAAGCGAGAAUCUCAGCUGCUAAACAAUAAAGGCAUUGUCGUAUUUGCAUUGGGAUUAGGUUCCCUCGUGAACUCAGCUGAAAUAAACGCCUUGGCGUCUGAGCCCAAUCACGUGUUUCAUUAUUUGUCUUUCAGACAAAUGUUGCCAACAGAUAACGGAUUAAGGAUUGCACUAGCUCUGUGCUCAGGUAAACAACAGCCUAUGUACGCAGGAGGGAGUGUUCCUCUUGAUUGGCUUCCCUUCUGCACGACGCUGCGAGAGCGAUGUUUUUGGAUCGCCAUAAUGUGACGUCAUACUGUCGAGCAGUAUGACGUACACUGUGUACUGUACACAGUAUCCUGUGUUUUCGCUUCAUAAAUGAGAAUAAUAAGAUGAUCGAAUCUUUGGGUGGAUUCAUUUGCCGCAGCAUACGCUUAUAGCGGUCCAUUUAAUUGCCCGUUGAAGUUCUUCAGAGGAAAAAGUGACAAUUAACUACAUAUAACUGGCAGAUCUGACAGCAAUACUGGUAUCAGGGGCGAAUACACAGAAUACAGGUAUUUGUAAGAGGGUUUGGCUGAUACCAAUCGGCCAAGAAGAAAAAAGUUAAGCUUGAUUUGACUUAUGCUGUCCCCAAAACGUAGCAAAUGAGGUAGGAUGAAUAGGAACCUCUAACGCCGCAAAUUCUUACAACGCCACAAAAAAGAAUGAUUACGUUACUUCCCUAAAAUCAUGUGCUCUCAUUGCCAUGCAGUGCUGUUACUUAUAACUCAAAAAUAAUGUGCAAAUUACAUGACUAUUCUAACAAACAUCUUAGUUCGGCCGAAAAGCGGGGGAUGGUGGGGGGGGGGGUCGGGUACUCGCUACCUAAUCCUGGCCACCCUAAGUAUGCUGCAAACGAUUCCACCCUUCUCAUUUUUAGUUGGUUUCUUUGUUUUCGGGUGGGGGAGGGGGUCAAUAUUAAGUAUAAGUCAUAUUAGUUGAAACACUUUUGACACGAGUGUGAUUCAAUCUUGUUUGUAUUUAGUUAUUUAAUUAUGUAAUACUCAUUUAGUUUUUCAUUUUCAUUCUGUUUAUUUUCUUCAUUUUUUUAGUUGGCAGGACUUCCAAUGCGUUUGUCCACCCAGUGGUUACUCAUCGCUCACUCAAGAGUCACACUCUGGCGUCACGAAGUGCUCACGACGACUUCGAGUGCGCCCUCUUCUGCAUAUCACACAGUUCGUGCUACUCGUUCAAUUUUCACUCGCCGUCACGCUACUGUGAGCUCAGCUAUGCCAGGAGAAAUCUUGCUGCUGGAGAUUUCGUCGUUGAUAGAGACUUUGUCUACAGCGAAUUACAGUUUGAAUGA